UAAUGAAUUACAUAGAGCUACCGACUAGCUAGUGUCUGAUUGAUUCUCCGCCCUUCUUUUAUUUCUCUCGCCCUUGUUGAGUCUCUAAUUCAAACCCCCUCCCCUCACGGCCGGCAUCCAACGCUCACCUAUCGCCCGAUCCAAUGUCGGAUUACUCCCAAGAUGACGAACACGACCCUCAAGCGGACGAGCUCCGCGAGACCGCCUUGGUCACACUGGAGGCACUGAUCAGCUCCUGCAGCACCCAGAUGCAACCUUACCUGUUGAACACUGUCAAGUCUGCUCUGCGGUUCCUCAAGUAUGAUCCCAACGUCGCAGAAAUGGAGGAAGACGAGGAAAUGGGCGGCACCCAGGAUGAUGGGUCGGAGGAUGAUGCGACAGAGGAGCCCGAUCUGGAGGAUGACGAGUUUGAGGAUUUUGAAGAGGAAGGCGGCUACAGUGAUAUCGAUGAUAUGAGCUGGAAAGUCCGUCGAUGCGCCGCUAAGCUUCUGUAUUCCGUCAUCUCAGCAUAUGGACGGGGUCGUGCGUUGGAUGAUGCUUCCUUGUACCAACAAAUAGCACCUGCCAUCAUCUCUCGUUUUAACAAAGAGCGGGAAGAGAGCGUCAAACUUGAGCUUGUUUCCACUAUGAAUGCCCUCGUACGCAAAACCAGCGAUGGUGCCAUGAUCAUAACGUCAAAUGGCUUCUUAGAAUCCGUUGGAAGUGGAUCAAAGAACUCAAGGAAGCGGAGAAGACAAGACAGCGAUGCUAGUAUGAUUGAUUUUGAGCCAAGUAUUGGCAGCUCAUCUGCAAUGAGCACCCCAAUUAUCGCCCCAUCGUCUCCAAAGUCAGGUGCCCAGGCCGAAUUGGCCAAUACCGUGCCUACCAUCGUGCGCAGCCUGGUCAGAAUGUGGAAGCAAGCUUCUAUCCCUUUAAAGCAAGCUAUCAUUGUUUUGCUCAAGAGUCUAGCUCUCGUUCGCUAUGGCGGUCUCGCGGACCACCUUCAGCAGAUUGAAGAUCCAAUUGCGGAUGUACUCAAAUCCUCUUCCUUCUCAGGCGGAUCAUCUGCACCCGUGGGGGCAUCUGCAAGCGCUGGAACCCUUCAAAUCGAAACAUUAACUCUCAUUGCCGCUAUUGCCGAAACACACGCCUCUGACGCCCUUUUGCCUUUCCUCAUCGCAUUAAUCCCCGGUGUCAUUGGAGCGGUUAAGGAUCGGAACUACAAAGUUAGUAGCGAGGCUCUCGCGGCGGUCGAGCAGAUCGUCAAAGCACUCUCUCCUCCCAGAGUUACUGGGGCUUCCCCAGAUCUUGUGUCGCAACUGGAAAGGCUAUACGACGUUGUUCACAGCCGGAUUACGGAUACAAGUGCUGAUCUGGAGGUGCGCCAGCGUGCCAUUCACGUAUUUGGUGUUCUCUUGGCUAGAACCUCUGGUGAAAGAGGUACUACAUUCCUGUCUGUAGACCGUCGCUCUAAAGGACUUGCUAUCCUCCUAGAUCGUCUGAAAAAUGAGACAACCCGCCUCUCUGCAGUUCGUGCCGUUGAUGACGUUGCCGUCCUGUGCUCUAGAAGGGAGGAUGUUACUGGCACCUGGGUAGGCGGGGUAACUGCGGAGCUCGGAGCGCAACUGCGGAAGUCAGACCGUGUUCUGCGAACUGCCAGCUUGGACACAUUGCGCAGUCUUUCAAUGAAUUCCAACACCAGAGCCCACUACGACGGCAAAACGAUAAAAGAAUUGGAGGAUUGUCUACUUCCGCUUAUUAGUGCAGAUGAUUUCCAUUUACUCACUCCGUCCCUUAUUAUCCUCGCAAAGCUCCUGCCUGGCAACGCGCAGCUUCUUGUUAACGAGAACUUGGUAUCGGCUCUUUGCUCGAUUGUCCUAUCCUCCCUCGUCGGCACUGUACUAAAAGCACUCCUUCUCCUCGUCAAGGUCAUUGGAGAAGAAAACGCUGGGUCCGAGUUGAUGAAAAAGCUGUUAAGGGAUGUUGGAAUCAAUGGCGACACCUCUGUUGUCGGAAGAGCAAUUGGAACUCUUCUGGUUCACGGUGGGCCUAAAUUAGGUGUUAAGAUGGAAGACUUCAUGUCGGAGCUGCAAACAGCGCAGGAUGCUCAACGUCAAUGUCUAGCUCUCGCCAUUCUAGGAGAAUCCGGACUUCGAAUGGGGACUAGCUGCUCGUUGACUCCAGAGGUGUUCAUUACCCAUUUCAAUUCGAAAUCCGACAAGGUUCGCUUGGCUGCGGCAACUGCUCUUGGUAAUGCCGCUGCAGGCAAUGUCAAGGCCUAUCUUCCAACCAUUCUAGGUGGUCUAGAGAAGUCCAACCCCCAGAGCUAUCUUCUCCUCCACUCAGUAAAGGAAUUGCUCCAGCAUCCAGAAAUCGUUCGACUAGAUGUAGCCCCAGCAGCAGUGAAAUUAUGGCAGGCUUUACUCGUUGUCUCGGAAGAGGAAGAUAACCGCGCUGUGGGAGCUGAAUGUAUCGGGCGUCUGGCGUUAAUCGACCCAGUUGCCUACAUCCCCCAUUUCCAGGAUUAUCUUUCCAGUCCCGAUCCAAGUAUUCGCAGCGUUGUGAUAUCUGCAUUCCGUUAUACCCUAUCAGACUCGCGCGAUACCUACAAUGAUGUUCUACGACCAUUGAUCGUCCCACUGCUCGUCAACAUGCUCAGUGAUCGUGAUCUGGGCAACCAUCGUCUUGCUCUCACCACCCUUAACUCCGCAAUGCACAACAAGAUGGACAUCAUCCUCCCUCACCUCAAUGAGUUGCUUCCGGCUGUUCUAGGCGAUACGCAGAUCAAACCCGAGCUCAUCAGAGAGGUUCAGAUGGGGCCGUUCAAGCAUAAGGUAGACGACGGACUGGAGCUACGCAAGGUAUGUCAACCCGUUUUGAGGCUAGUAGAACCAUCUGACCAGGAACAGAGCGCAUACGAAACGUUAUACGCCGCACUGGAUACUUCUUUCUCUCUCUCUCACGUCUCUGAGCUUUAUGGCCGCAUCCUCGCUGGCAUCGACGACGAACAAGAUAUCCGUACCAUCUGCAACUUGAUGACUUCCAAACUCAUCACACUCGCUCCAGAAGAGACCCAGCGACAUCUUGAUGCUCUCUCGGAGAGAUACACUGCCGUUUUGUCGUUCAAACCAAAGGACAACGCGGUAAAACAAGAACUCGAGAAAGCUCAGGAGGCGUCCAUGGGAGUUCUCAAGAUCACCCGCGAGUUGAGCAAGUCAUUCCCCAAUGCGGAGGUGUCGGGAGACCGCCAUAAAUGGAAAGGGUACAUGGAAUGGACUCGUGUGAAUUUUGCUACGCAGCUGAAGAGCCUGGAUAUGGAGUUUUGACACAGCACCUAUCCAUCGGCGGGGGUUACGCAUUUCUUAGCAUUUCAUACUCGAUAACAUAAAUUCAUGAACUUUGCAACUGC